AUGGAAGAGAUUCUGGCUCAUGUCUCGGCACCCGCAAGGCGGAAGGAUGACGACUUGUAUCGAAUGCAGUCGGAAGCAUACAUGACAUUUGAACCUCGAAAACGCAUACGACUUUUACAUACAGAAAUGCCAACAGUCACUUUCACUCAACAGCACCGGAAUGUGUAUAAUACUGGGACUUCUGGGUCUACCAUGUUAUUGGAAGUAAGUGCUUCUGCGGAGGUACGCAAUGAACGUUCAAAUCUGGGAGCCACCUCAAUUUCUAAAGAGAUCGCACGGAAAAUUACAGCGAUUGAGCACCAUAGGAAACCUGUUGGAGAUCUUAACCUUUCUCCGACUUCAUCUCGUCAACAUCUCACAACACUUCGAAAAGAAAACAAUAGCCCAAUCUACUUCGACGAUACUCAGGAUGCCAUGCAAGAUAUCGAAAGCCAACUGUUUCCAGGGCCAAGUGGUUUCAAGGCCAAUCAAAAGUCUUCUGGCAGCCAUGUAUCAAAAGAUACUCGAGAGUCUUUAAGUCCUAUAUCAUACCUCGAUAAGGGGCCCAUCGCGACAACAGAUGAACUCCUUGACUCGUCGAGGAUGAGUACGCAAUCUCAGGAUUAUGGCAUCGAUCAUAGUAAGCCCAUCGAUCGCGCCGCCUCAUCCGGCGAUAUGACCUCUCAGCUUCCCCUAAGCCUCGGCCUAGGGAUAAUCGAGUCUGUUCCGCAUUCAAUGCUCCAGGAGAACAUUUCGCAAUCAAUUCAGCCAGAUUUGAUGGAUGAACAAACGGAGUUCCUGCACUCGGCAAAUCUGCGUGACAAGGACAGGGGAUCUAUGCAUGCUAUGCACAAUGCAAAGAUACUGCUAGAGUCUGAAGUUGAAGCGAUGGCACUACCAGUCAUCCAUACUUCUACCAGAGUACAUGUGGAAGUGGUGUCAAGCUGUGCAUCGCAAUAUGGCUUCGUUGAUGCUGACACCUCUGAAGAACGAGCAUCGUUAAUGUGCAAGUCUAGUCUGGUUCUCAAUCCGACUACUAUGUCAGGAUCAAGAGCUGAUAUGAAUGUAUUUGAGACGCUACCUAUUUCAGUCAUUUCACCUCUGCCGUCGACGAGUAAACCACCCGGACCCGGAGAGCAGGACAAAGCCCCGUGGCCACCAUGUGCAACACGGCAACUAGAAGAUCUGCGAGAUCAACCCAAUUUGCUCACAGUAUAUCAACCAAGUUGUAUCAAUGGGGAUGUUGAUAUGAGUCUUCCUGGACUGAGGGGAUAUUGGACAUUUGAGACAUUCUCAUGGGAUGUGGAACUGCAGUUGAACUUUUGGAAAAGGCUCAUAGACUUCGUCUCUAAGGGCCAUGGGUCGGACAUGCGUAUUCGCCGGGGCCGAACUCAACCAGAUAUAGAAGACGCCUCAGUCUAUGAACUUGGAUGUGUCGACGUCUGGUGUUGGGCUGGACUUGCGGUGCACAUCUAUCGGCUGCUAUACGUGUUGAGUGAUGGGCAAAUCAAGCAUAGUGGCGCCAAGUGGUUCACUGGACCAGGGAAUGUUUUAACAAUAACAGUCGCGCCUAGAUAA